AUGAUUGAAGCUGGAUGUACAGACAGGAUCACGGGACUGAUGGCAAAUUCAGGACAGGAUCAGAACUCAGUACAGGAUUACAGACUGCUGGCCUCAGACAUCUCUGACCUGACUAAGUUCGACCCCAAUGACCUCCAGUCUCUGACCUGGCUGACCUCGGUGGACGUCCCGCGCCUGCAGCAGCUCCGCUCGGGCCGAGCCGACUUCAGCAUCAGCGCUCAGGAACAACUUCAAGCAGCGUCUCAGCUGAGUAACAUGGGCGUGACCGGAGGAGCGGCGUCCAUGAUCCACCUGCAGAGUAACAUGCAGCACAGCCCUCUGGGAAUCAACAGCAUGCCACAAUUUUCUCCCAGCUUUCCGUGUCCGGCUUCAGUGUACCAGACCUCCGCCCAGCAGGUGCUGACCUUCUCCCAGGCCAACCAGCAGUGUUCUCCUGGAGGACUGUACACCACGUACACACCACAGAACAUCUUCACUCAGCAGCAGAUCACUCCACACAGCCAGGAGUCGCAACCCAAAACCUUCCCCAAACCCAUCUACUCCUACAGCUGUCUGAUUGCGAUGGCUCUGAAGAACAGUAAGACCGGCAGCCUCCCCGUCAGUGAGAUCUACAGCUUCAUGAAGGAGCAUUUCCCUUACUUUAAGACAGCACCGGACGGCUGGAAGAACUCGGUGCGGCACAACCUCUCCCUGAAUAAAUGUUUCGAGAAAGUGGAAAACAAGCUGAGCGGCUCGUCGAGGAAAGGCUGCCUGUGGGCGCUCAACCCGGCCAAGAUCGACAAGAUGGAGGAGGAGAUGCAGAAGUGGAAGCGAAAAGAUCUUGCAGCCAUCAGACGUAGCAUGGCCAACCCGGACGAGUUAGACAAGCUGAUCACUCAUCGACCCGAGAGCUGCAGGAGGAAACUGCUGGAGCCUCAGCUUCCUCCUCCGCCGGUCCUGACCCUGCAGUGUCUUCCCGUCCACCAGCAGCUCCAGCUGCAGCUCCACAGUCAGUCCAGAUUAGCACCCACGUCUCCAGCUCCGGCUCAGACGCCACCGCUGCACACCAUCCCCGACCUCACCAAACAGCCACACCCACAACCUGCUGAGAUCUACAGCAUACACGGCGACGUCCACUCCGAGGUGGACGCCCUCGACCCCAGCAUCAUGGACUUCUCAUUUCAAGGAAACCUGUGGGACGAGAUGAAGGACGACAGCUUUAACCUGGAGGCUCUGGGUUCCUUCAGUAACUCCCCCCUGCGUCUCUCCGACUGUGAUUUGGAUACCGUGGGCGCCACGCCGGUCUCCGGCGCCGGGGAAAUUCCCUUCUCAGGCGUCUACACGUCCUACAGCACGGUGGAUGCGUUCUCCAACCAGUACAUCAGCACGCAGGGCGGCGGCAAACCCAUCGUCCUGCACUAA